AUGUGCACCUGUCUCCUCUACGCACCUCCUCUAGCCGACAUGGGUUUCGCCCGGCUCUUCAACUCCCCCCUCAAGCCCCUGGCAGACCUUGACCCGGUGGUGGUGACCUUUUGGUACAGGGCUCCGGAGCUGCUGCUGGGCGCCAGGCAUUACACCAAAGCUAUCGAUAUUUGGGCAAUUGGCUGCAUCUUUGCGGAGCUGCUAACAUCAGAGCCCAUCUUUCACUGUCGCCAGGAGGACAUCAAGACCAGUAACCCCUUCCAUCACGACCAGCUGGACCGGAUAUUCAGCGUCAUGGGUUUCCCUGCAGACAAAGACUGGGAAGACAUUAGGAAGAUGCCCGAGUACCCCACACUGCAGAAAGACUUCAGGAGGACAACGUAUGCAAACAGCAGCUUAAUUAAAUACAUGGAGAAGCAUAAAGUCAAACCAGACAGCAAGGUUUUCUUGUUGCUCCAGAAACUUCUCACCAUGGAUCCCACCAAGAGAAUCACGUCAGAGCAGGCCCUGCAGGACCCUUACUUCCUGGAGGACCCGUUACCAACCACCGACGUGUUUGCGGGAUGCCAGAUCCCCUACCCUAAACGAGAGUUCCUCAAUGAAGAUGAGCCUGAGGAGAAAACAGAAAAGAACCAGACCCAACAGCACCAGCAGACGGCGGGCCAGAACCAGGCCCAGAACCAGCAGCAGGCCGCCGCCCAGCAGGCCCCCUCCCAGCAGAGCUCCGCACAAACCAACGGCGCCACCGCCGGGGCCACCGCCGCUGGUGGGAUGCAGCACGGCCAGGAGCAGGGCCCCAAUAACAAGAAGCCUCGGAUCGGGCCCUCCGGGGCCUCCUCAGGAACGGGCGUCCUGCAGUCAGAGUACCAGGUCAGUGGGAUUUACACAAACCCACCGAAAGCCAGCCAUAGCUUUGUGGAAUAA